GACGCUUGUCAGGAGAUAUGGAGAAGCAAGAGCAGAUACAUUUAAUAGAACAUAAUAAUAAUAAAGCAGCGAUGGCGACAGCGACGUCUCCAGAGGAGAAGUUCUCCUGCUCCGUGUGUCUGGACCUCUUCACCGAGCCCGCAACCAUUCCGUGCGGACACAGCUUCUGUCUGGACUGUAUCGGGAGCUACUGGGACCUGAGUGACCAAACCGGCGUGUACAGCUGCCCCCAGUGCCGGGAGACUUUCACUCCCAGGCCCGUUCUGCGCAAAAGCAACGUCCUUAACGAGCUGGUGGAGGAAUUGAAGAAAACGAGAAGACUCGACUCGAAAAGGGAACCCCCCGCUCCCGCUCCUGUAUCUGCUGAGCUCGGAGACGUGCCUUGUGAUUUCUGCCCCAGCGAGAUAAAGCGCGGAGCGGUCAGGUCGUGUUUGACGUGCCGGGGCUCGUACUGCGAAGCGCACCUGCAGCCACACUACGAGACCGCGGGGUUGAAGAGGCACGCGCUGGUCCAGCCUCUCAGAGAUUUGGAGCAGAAGCUUUGCAAACAGCACCAGAGAUUGCUGGAGCUUUACUGUAGAACCGAUCAGAGCUGUAUCUGCAUGACGUGUGCUCUCAAAGAUCAUCAGAAUCAUGCUGCUAUCCUAGCAGAGGAGGGGAGAUCAGAGAAACAGAAUGAGCUGAGGGAGAGACAGGUGGAAAUAGAAAAUCUCAUUGAGGAGAGACUGAUAGAGCUGGAGAGACUGAAUCAGGCUGUGGAGUCUCUCAAGCUCUCAGCACACAAGGAAAGGGCUGAAAGUGAGCAGGUCCUGUCUGAGCUGAUCCGUUCCAUUGAGAGAAUCAGGACGGAGGUGGGAGAGCUGAUUGGAGCUAAAGAGAAGGCUGCAGUGAGUCGGGCCAACGAGCAAAGGGAACAACUAGAGCAGGAGAUCCAGGAGCUUAGAAAGAAGAAGGCUGAGAUGGAGCAGCUUUCUGAGACAGAGGAUCACAUCCACUUUCUGCAGAGUUUCCAGUCUGUCUGCACCCCUCCUACUGCUCAGCAGCUCUUUGAUAACAUAGACGACUCUUUCUGGACUCUGAGGGAAGCUGUGUCCCGACUCAAAGACGACCUCGAGGGAUUCUGGAAGGUGGAGUUGAUGAAAGCAACUAUAGCAGUUGACGUGACUCUGGACCGUGAUACAGCACACUCCUAUCUCAUCCUGUCUGAGGAUGGAAAACAAGUCAGAUGUGGAGAUAAACCACAGCCUCUCCCUGACAAUCCAAAGAGAUUUGAUAAGAAGAGUUAUGUCUUGGGCAGGGAGGGAUUCACCUCAGGGAGACACUACUGGGAGGUGGAGGUGGGGGAGAAGAUACGCUGGGUACUAGGAGUCACCAGAGAGUCUUCUCAGAGGAAGGGGGGCAUCACUGAGAAACCCCAGCAGGGAUUCUGGGUUAUUUGGUGGAAUGAAGAAAAUAAUCUGUUCAGUGCCGUCAGGGCCCCCCGGACCCCCCUCCCCCUGAGCCCGAAGCCCCGGAAGCUGGGGGUGUAUCUGGAUUAUGAGGGAGGGCAUCUCUCCUUUUACAAUGUGGAGACCAGAUCUCACAUCUACACUUUCACUGACACCUUCACUGAGAAACUCUAUCCAUUGUUUUCUCCUGGUCUUUAUUCCUCUGGUAAGAACGCAGCUCCACUGAUCAUCUGCCCGCAUACCUACACAGAUUAAUACAGAUUACUAGCACGAGGAACAUGGUCACAGGCUCCCCUUUUCUUGUGUUGAAGAGAUUUUGGUCCCUUGUUUUUAUCCUUUUAUUUUGAGAAAUGCAAAUAUUUUAAAGAAAAAAUACAGUAGCUAAAUCUAAUCGGUGGGAAGGUAAUAUUUUAAAGCCUUAUUUAGCACAAGAAAAGCUGUGUUUAAAAAAAUAAUUUACUUCUUACUCAUUUUGUCCACCAGGUGUUGCUCCGUGUAAAAUGAAUAAUUUGACUCUUUUUUUUUUUUUAAAGAGACUUUAUGCAUGAAAUAAAUGUAAUUUACUGUACAGUACGACAGGGGACCCAUUUUUGUGUGACACCAGCCUUGUGUAGCCAGAGCUAUUGUCCCUCACCUUCCUGGAGUGCUAAAUUCAUCAAUCAAAAAAAAAACUUUUAAAGCAAUUUAUUCUAGUUUCUUUUAACAGCAUUUAUUCAAGAAUAGGGAUGUUCAGAGGUGACUGUAAUCUCCUUCUCUUAUUAAUACACGCUGUUUGUGCUUCAAUCAUUCUGAGUGCUUCUGGGUUCUGCAGCUCCUCCAAUAUCAAGUUCUUAUCAUUUUAAAUCUGCCUUUACCUGGCUGUGAGCUGCUGUGAUCUCGUCUGGAGAAUCCUAACAGCCGGGCGCUGGACUGCUGUCCUCACUCCAUUCAAGUCUAUAUAAAUGUAUAGUGGGCGGGGCUGGCAGAGUUGAAAGGUCACACUGUCACAUGAUGUGAAUGGAACACGCAAUGGCAGUUAGGAUUCUCCAGACCAGCUCCCAGCAGAUCACAGCCAGGUAAAGACAGAUUGCAUUGUCGUUCUCCAGUGUUGUACACUUCCCACGAAGGAUGAUGUGGGAUGGAAAGACUUUGUGGACUUUUUUUUACAUUUUUACAGGACUGAAUGCAGAACACGGCUUCAGCUGUUUUCUCCCUGAUAGAUACAUGCUUGAAUACUUUGCUGCAUUUCCCAGUAGAUGUGUUCAAUCUAUGAAGUGAUGCUAUAUCUAUACACACAGUGCUUUAUAUAGCACUGGAUUGACUUGGGUUGGGGCAGCUAUUGAUAUCUUGUAAUAUUGAUAGAUUAUUGAUAUUGUGAACAUAGAAUCAAAUCUAAUUUUAAAUAAGAUAAUAUUGUGUGAUUAUAAAUGAAAAUGAAGUCUAAAGGAUGGGUGUUUUGAAAUAUUUGUAUUGUGUUUUAAUAGCAUUGCUUGCGCUUUGUGAUGCUGAAUAUUUGAAUAGCGGGUUUUCAAUGAUUGUCUCGUUAAUGAGCUCAUUGAGGUCACGUGGUAAGGUGUGUAAUGGUGAGGGGGCGUGUCUAUUCACGACAGACUGGCGAAGACGGUCUGGACAAAACGUGGCUUUGUUUUUAACUGUGUUCUUUUUAAAUAGUACUUAAUAAAGAAUGGGAAUUUGA